AUGUCAAUCGAUGAAGAACAAGUGAAAACCACUUAUCAAAAUCUUUUGAACGCAUACAACAACACUCAUUCAUACAGUGAAAUAUUAAAGAAUGGAUACUAUAACAACAGUUUCUAUCAAAAUGCGAUAGAUAUGUUUCAAGAUGAUCAUCCUUUAAAAAACUAUAGCACUGAAUUACUUUCUUUGAUGGAUAAAGCAUUUAGUGAUUGGAAGAGUAAUCAACAAGUAAACUUUUAUCAAGCUAAACAAUAUGUAGAUAGACUUGGUGGUUUGUUGGUCAAUACCAAUCAGAAUAGUAGCAUCAUCGAUCAGUUGCUCAAUGAAAAGGUCAACCAAUUCGAUAUACCAUUGAUCAAUAUACAACUGUCAUUUAAUAGUCUAUUACAAUGUAUCACUGCUAUUCAUAUACAAUCAUCUUCUCUAUUACAUCAAGCAAUACCUCCUCCUCUUCCUCAUUCAAGAGUAUUAUCAAAUGGUAUACCUUCUCAACCAACAUCGUUUGCUGCUCCACCACCACCCCCACCACGACAAUCAAAGUUUGAUAACCCACCUCAAUCCUUUGAUAAUAAUAAUAAUAAUAAUAAUAAUAAUAAUAAUAAUAAUAAUGGAUCAGCAGCCAGAGGAUUAGGCUUUCAAUUACCACCAAGACCAUCACCAAGACAACAAGAGGAUCAACAACAACAACAACAACAACCAAAACAAAUAAUUCAACCUAUAAGACCAAGAUCAUUGACUCAAGGAUCGAUUCAACCACAACAACCAACCUUUUCUCAACAACAACAACACCAACAAGGUAUUCCUCCAAAGCCAAUACAUCAAAAUAAUCAACAACAACAAAUACCACCUAGACCUUUGGCAUCGUUUACAUCAAAACAAAAUUCAUCACCUCAUGCUUCAACUCAACAAACAAGACCAACAACAAUACAAAAUAAUUAUAAUCAACAACGACCACCACCACCAACAAUUUUAAAUACAAAUCAAUAUCCACCACCUCCUCAUCAUUCUCCUUCUUCUCAAACACCUCAACAAACAGUGGUUAUAACAGAAACUAAAACCAAAAAGAAUAAUGGAUCAUUUUCAAAUUUUCUAAAUUCAAUCAAUCAACCAGUUGUCAUUAGAAAACAAAUCAUAACAACAACUACGACCAAAUCCAACACACCUGGAUUAGAAGGACUUCCACCAUACCCAGGAAUAGAACAAUUAUCAAAUGAUCACCGACUACACAAACUAAUGUGGGACAACAAAAAGUGGAAGAUUGUCAGAACCUAUCAAAAAUCUGUUAGAGUUGUUGUUACUGCACCAGUAAAAGUCAAAAGUCUACUCUAUAUACUCUCCUUUGGUGGUGUACCACCAGCCAUUGACAUUCAAGACCCAAGAGGCUCCUCUUUGGAUAUAGUUGACUCAAAAACAGGAGCAUCUCUCAAUAGUGUUGUCGAGGUAAUAGAAGCAGCAUCAGGACAAUCAAUCUACAGUUGCAAACUACAAAUUCCAAAUGGUGCACCAUGUCCAUCAGACUUUAAUAUUGUCUAUACGGCUGAAGCAGAUUGUUAUUCAGUUGAAUUGGUAGAAGCAAGAAAUGACGAAGUGGUCACCGUGACAGAAGAGUUGGUUGAGAAUAGUAUCGAAUAUCGACGUGCAAUGGCCAGUGAAGGUGAAGUAGUGUAUGACAUACCAGAAUUUAAACAAUUUAUUGAAAAAGAACGACUGUAUCGAUUGACAUUGGAUGAUGGAUCAUUAGAGAGUGAACUAUGCUUUGCCUAUCGUGUAUCACUUUGGAUACAUUCAAAUAUACCAUAUAAACUAGAUCAUGGUGACCUUCGACCAAUGGAAGUGGUGAGACGUCGUGGUGCCAAUUGUAGUAGCUAUUGUAAUUUGGUAUCGGGUAUAUUCCGUUACAAUGGAAUACCAACAAGAACUCUGACAGGUAGAAAAUAUACAGAUAUAACAUUUGAUGGAGCACACGGUAAAACUCAAUUCUAUAUUAAAUCCAUUGGUUGGAUUCCUUAUGAUGGAGCAAUACAAGACCAAACGCAAUAUCAUAAACAAAGAUUUGGUAAAGAUAAAGGAAACAUGGUUAUCUUCCAUCUAGACACUAUUUUUAAAGAGUAUCCAUUUGUCAAAGGGUCAUUUUUGCCCUCUCCUGCAGUCACUUUUUCUGGUGACCUAGUUCCUCAAAUGCCAACUCAAACUGGUGUUAUAUCGAGACAUGAAUUUUCACAACAAAUGAAAAGAUACAAUUCCAAUCAAAAAGUAGAGAUGUUUUUAUUUGACUUGGAUCUAUCUAUUGACCAACAAUUUAAAGAAAGAGUACCAUUUCAAUCAAACCCCAACAUUCUUUUUACAAUGGAAGACUAUGAUCAAAUAUUAUUACAAGCAAAUCAUCUUGACAGAGAAUACCCAGGAAUAUUUGGUCAAGAAUUUAAUUUUGAAUCAAAUAGUUAUUUUAAAUAA